UUGGCUGCCAGCGAGUUGCUUGGGGUUGGACCGGCCACGAGCCUUUGACACUGUUUUCGUGGUGAAGCGACCCUGAAAGAUGCAAGCGCAAGCACUAUCUGCACCGGCAGCCUGCGCCAAGAUGCAGGCUGGGCAAGGCAACGUAAGGCUGAUGGAUGCUUUCAAGAAAUCUGUGGAGAGCCGAAAGGACAAAUCUUUCAACAACUACAGGGAAAGGCGAACUGAAUCGCAAAAGCUCAGUGAUCAACUGAAGACACAGGACAUCCCUGAAGAGCAGAAAGAGGUCAUCAAGAAGAAUUAUGCAGCGCAGCAGGAUGAUUACUUGAGGGAGAGCCGCAAAGAGAUCACCAUCAGCGAUUUCGAGCUGUUGAAGGUGAUAGGCACUGGCGCCUUUGGAAUCGUCAGACUUUGCCGUCACAAGGGAACUGGUGAGAUUCGUGCCAUGAAGCAAAUGAGCAAGAAGGAGAUGGUUUUCAAGAAUCAGGUUCAUCAUGUGAAUGCCGAGAAGGAUGCACUCAGCGUAGCCAAGGAUGACUGGAUUAUCGGAUUGCACUACACCUUCCAGGAUGACCAGUAUCUUUACAUGGUCAUGGAUUACUUGCCUGGCGGUGACCUCAUGACGCACCUCAUGCGGAAGGACACCUUCACUGAGGAGGAGACCCGCUUCUAUAUCGCGGAGCUUGUAGAGGCUAUUGACUACAUCCACACGAACUUGCACUACAUUCAUCGAGACAUAAAGCCUGACAAUAUUGUCUUUGACAUUGAUGGCCAUAUUCACCUGCUGGACUUUGGCCUUUGCAAGUACCAGCAACCGGAGCCAGCGGAGAGCGGCGACUCUGAAAAGCAGCCAGAUCCUCCCAGUGGUCCUUCUAACUUUCGUGCAAGACAUCCUCCUCGAGAGAAGAUGCAAUCUGUAGUUGGUACGCCUGACUACAUGGGUCCGGAGGUCUACAGAAAAGCUCCAUACGGAAAGGAGUGCGACAUGUGGUCCCUGGGAAUCAUCAUGUUCGAGAUGCUAUUUGGUGGUCCUCCAUUCAGCGAUGAACGGCACGAUCCAUCAGUGACCUCUCGACGGGUGAUGGAUUGGCGGAGGUGGUUCAAGAUGCCACCAGAUCCCAAUGUUGGAGAGGAGGCACGCAAUUUGCUCAGAGGGCUUAUUUGUGACCCAGAGGAACGGCUCACGGCAGAUCAGAUCCGUGGACAUCCCUUCUUUCGUGGGUUGGACUUCAAGAAGCUCCGAAAAAUGUCUCCGCCAAUCAAGCCAACUGUCAAAGGGCCCUUGGAUACCUCCAACUUUGAUGACUUCAGCGGAAUAGAUGAGAAAUUUGUCAUCCACAAGGAGAGACACAAGGUGACAGGCGAUCGAACAUCUCUGGCAGCGUUUCAUGACUACAGCUAUCGCCGAGAUCUUGAGGCCAAAAAGCCCUCUAUCUCAGCCGCGCUGAAUUCUGCAAGUCUCCCUGCAAAGAAUUCCGAGGCCGUUGUUGCCAAGUUGGCGGAACCUCAUAGUGUGCAAGGAGUGCAGUGCUGUGCAGGUGGCAGCCGCACUGUGGCAAUGAGUGCAGGUGGUCUCACAUCAGGUGAGAGUGGCUGGUAUGUUCAGGGUCAGCCGAAUGCAACUUGGGGAUUCGCUUCUCAGCCUGCAUGGCCUCACGGAUACGGAUACCAAGGUGUUCCAGCAAUGACGAUGCAGGCAUACUGCCCCGUGCCUGCCAGGCCUCCUAUGCAAGCCAUGCCAGUUGGCUUUGUGGGUGCCUGCCAAGGCGGCUGCUUUCCCCAGCAGAUGGCACCGAUGCCGGCGCAGCCCAUGGCGCAGGCCUCAUGCAUAGCUUGCUCAAGCACGCUGUCUGAAGUCUUUGUCACGGCACAAGACCCGAAGAGCUCCUUGGAGCUCCUUCAACUGUCUGCUCCGAUGGUCAACGUGGGUGCUCAAUUGGUGAAGACAGUUGCAAGCAAAACCAAUGAUGUUGCUGGUGAUGGCACGACGACCGCCACAGUGCUGGCUCGUGCAAUUUUUAGAGAAGGCUGCAAGGCUGUAGCUGCUGGGAUGAAUCCGAUGGACAUCAAGCGUGGUAUGGACCAUGCUGCAAAGAUAGUGCUAGAGGACCUUGCUAGCCAAGCCACUCACAUUGAAACUCCGGACAAGAUUCGGAGUGUCGCAACCAUUGCUGCGAAUGGGGAUGAGCAGAUUGGCAAGAUGAUUACAGAGGCGUUUGAAAAGGUUGGGAAGGAUGGCACCAUCACAGUGUCGGACGGGAAAACCAUGGACCACGAACUGGAGGUCGUCGAGGGUAUGCAGCUUGAUCGAGGGUACAUCUCUCCGUACUUCAUCACCAACGUGAAGGCGCAGAAAGCUGAGAUGGAGAAUCCACUCGUGCUCAUUUUUGACAAGAAGAUCUCCUCUGUCCAGGCAAUUCUCCCUCUCUUGGAGCAGGUAGCCAAAGUGCAAAAGCCUUUGCUGCUCAUUGCAGAAGAUGUGGAUGGUGAGGCUCUCUCGAUGCUCAUUGUAAACAAACUCAGGGGUGGCCUGAAGGUCGCUGCCAUCAAGGCCCCUGGUUUUGGUGACAACAGGAAGGCCAUCCUUCAGGAUCUCUCAGUGCUGACUGGGGCAGAGCUCAUCACAGAGGAAUUAGGUGGCAAAUUGGAGGACGUGCAGCUUUCGCAGUUGGGCACUGCCAAGACCAUCUCCAUUGACAAGGAUAGCACUGUGAUUCUAGACGGAGCCGGUGAGAAGGCAAAGAUUGAGGAGAGAUGUGAGAGCAUCCGAGACAGCAUUGACGCAUCCACUUCUGAGUACGAGAAGGACAAAAUGAAGGAACGCCUUGCCAAGUUGAGCGGAGGUGUUGCAGUCAUUAAGGUGGGUGGGGCAAGUGAAGUGGAAGUCAAUGAGACCAAGGACCGCUUGAACGAUGCCUUGAAUGCCACCAAAGCAGCACUGGAAGAGGGCAUCGUUCCUGGCGGAGGUGCUGCUCUUCUGUAUGCCACUCUGAAGCUGGAGGCGUAA